UACCAUGACAUGUACCUACUUAUAUGUCAAGAGUUAUUUUUAAGAAGAUUUCGGCCACAAUAAUUAUAAAAUGCUUUCGAAAUUCUUCAGACCCCUAUACCCUCUCACAAGAUCCCUUCUAGUGCCGAAUAUCAGAGUCAAGAGACUUGUCCACCAGAGCGCGAGCCGGUAUGGACAGCUGAUACCCGCCUCGCAGUACGACGCGCCUUUGCCGAAGAGACUGCACCUGACCUACGCCUUGAAGAACUACUGGGAGUUAAUACCUCUGGCCCUCAUCACGCUGACCAGCCUUACUCUCAUGACACUGUCCUUAAUAUGGGCUUCUUUCCAUAAGGUGGACGUGGUGUACACGGCGCACAGCCGCGCCAACAUCUCGCGCACGAUGGACCUGCGCAACCCGAGCGUGCACAAGCUCGUCAUCAUCAACCAGCGCUACGAGCCGUGGCCCGAGAUGCAGGACGUGCUCGACAAGAUGCGCAUGGCCGAGAAGCGCGCGCUGGUUCGCCUGCAGACUUGCGCCCACGCAUAGACAACAUGUUGAAAUCCUGUUGUAUUGUUGGUUGUUAUUGAAAAAUAAACUUGUGAGGAGUUUUA